ACUGAAGCCCAACUCUGUUCUCACCAAAAUGGGAUGACUUUAAGUUAUUAACUUGAAGAAAUCCUGUCUUUUAAUUUGGAUAUUGAAGAAUUCCUACUUUUGAUAAACUCACAAGAUAUGAUUUAACAUUCUGUGAUGGAAGUAGGCUGUGUGUGGAAUACAUACUUACUUGCAAAUGUCCUCAAUCUAUUACUACACAGUUGUGUCUGUGUAGAUCUGAGCUAUCAUGUAGAAGAAGAAAGCAGUCCCUUUACUUUUGUUGGGGAUAUUGCUGCUGACACACAGAUGGAAGAAACGGACUCUCUUGUGGGAAAUAACUUCAUCACAUACAACCAAAUGCAACAGCAAUGGACAGAGAAUUCACAUUUAUUCAAUGUCACACAAGAUGGUAAAUUGUACACGGCUCAAACAUUGGAUGCUGAGAAACUGUGUACAUAUGAAUCAGAGUGUGUUAGAUACAUCAAAGUUGCUGUACAUAGAAGGAAGACAUUUUUGAAAAUUAUUAAAAUUAAAGUAAUUAUAGAAGACAUUAACGAUCACAGCCCUGAGUUUCCUCAGACACAACUGAAUAUUACAUAUGAUGAAGAUGAUGGAGAAGGAGCCGAAAGAUUAAUUCCCGAAGCCUUCGACAAAGAUGUUGGAAUGGAAAACUCAGAAGUUACAUACAAAUUGAAGAAACAAUUUAGUGAUCCAUUUAUAUUGUCUGUGAGGAAAACUAUCACUGGAGGGGCAAAGAUAGGAAUUGUUCUUGGAGACAAACUAGACAGAGAAAUACAAGAUAGUUACAAUCUAGAAGUGAUAGCUAAUGAUGGAGGACAACCUUCAAAACAAGGAAUUCUACAUGUUCAUAUAAAAAUAAUUGAUGUGAAUGAUAACUCACCAGUUUUUUCAAAACAUAUUUACAAUAUUUCCAUCAAAAAUACACAUCCUAACAACAACCCUAUUUUGACAUUGUCUGCAAAAGACCCAGAUUCUGGCAAUAAUGGUAAAGUGUCUUAUUUUAUGAGUUCAAAAACACCAGAACGCACAAGAAGACAUUUCAGACUGAACCAACAGACUGGGGAAUUAUUUGUAGAAAAACCAUUAACAUCACAAACAAAGAAUAUUCUCAAGAUGUAUGUGGAGGCCAAAGAUGGUGGGAAUCCAUCCUUAAAUUCCUUUGCCAUUGUACGGGUGAAUAUUCUCAAUGAAAAGAACCAUCCCCCCAAAAUAGGGAUCAAUUUUGUGUCUGAAUUGAAGAAGGACACUGCAGCUAUUUACGAAGGAACUAAAGUGGGCAGUUAUCUUGCUUAUGUGAAUGUGGUGGACAAUGAUUUUGGAGCAAAUGGAGAAGUGAGUUGUAAAUUAGAACAUGAUAAAGUUGUCCUCUCACAUUUAGGAUCAAAGGAAUACAAGAUUACUCUGAAGAAACCACUUGACAGAGAAAAAUUAGACCAUUUUAACAUGAGAAUUGUGUGUGAAGACAAUGGAAGCCCUGCUUUGAAGACGGAGAGAAAGAUCUCAAUCCAAGUAAUGGAUGUGAAUGAUGUGCAACCGCAAUUUACCAAAGAUACAUUCCACUUCCUCACCUAUGAGAAUGGUAAAGCAAACUUUCCUAUAGGUUUUAUCAAUGCCACUGACCCAGACCUGGCAAGUGCUGGUCAAUUGACGUUCUCACUGUUGAGUAAAGACAGAAAUAACAUACCGUUCCAGGUGAGUGAUUAUGGUUUUAUUACCAGCAACAUACCAUUGGACAGAGAAGAAGAAGACAUGUAUAAGUUUGAGGUUUUUGUCAAAGACAAUGGUAAACCGUCGUUGAAUAACACAGCGAAUGUUGUUGUUGAGGUUUUAGACAGAAACGACAAUAAUCCGUAUUUCAUCUACCCUACAACUGACCCUUUCCAUAUCAAUGUCCACUACCACCCGCAAAGUACCAAUGCCAUCACUGUGAUUAGAGCGUCUGACAGAGACAGUCAUUUAAAUGCGUUCCUCAAAUAUGGAAUACUUGACGGUAACAAUAAACGCUUGUUUACACUCAACUCUUUAACUGGUCAAAUGUCUUUCUCGCGUGCACCUCAUCUCAAUGAUGCUGGCUCAUACGAACUGGUGCUUGUGGUCAAGGAUUCUGGAAGCCCAGUGUUGUCAGCCACAACUACUGUGUCUUUGUCAUUAAGGGUCACUAACAAGACAUCAGCACCGAUGCCGACUGUCCACUUAGAGAAGAACAGAACACUGGACGUACCAUUAUUGAUUAUCCUUGUAGUAGCAGCUGUAAUAGUAGCUGUGGUGAUUGUAGUGUCGAUCACACUGUGUAUUGUGAAAUGUAGCAGUGGUCAGUCUCGCUCUGCCAAGAACACUAGGAAAGGUGUUAAUAGGUCAGCUAUAUGUAACAGAAUUGAUCAACCAUUACCGUGUCAGAGCAGCAGUAUUCCUGGUACCCCAGUGAGGUACUCUUCAGAGAUGAAUAAUAGAAACAUGCCAUUUGUGGAAUGUAAGGAAGAUUUCUACCCGCAGUAUGAGUCUCAGAUUGAUUGGUCAAACGUGGGUUCCUUGGAAAAGAGUCCACCCAAUACAAUAUUGUUACCAACAAGAAUUAAAAAUUGUGUCUGUGUAGAUCUGAGCUAUCAUGUAGAAGAAGAAAGCAGUCCCUUUACUUUUGUUGGGGAUAUUGCUGCUGACACACAGAUGGAAGAAACGGACUCUCUUGUGGGAAAUAACUUCAUCACAUACAACCAAAUGCAACAGCAAUGGACAGAGAAUUCACAUUUAUUCAAUGUCACACAAGAUGGUAAAUUGUACACGGCUCAAACAUUGGAUGCUGAGAAACUGUGUACAUACGAAUCAGAAUGUGUUAGAUACAUCAAAGUUGCUGUACAUAGAAGGAAGACAUUUUUGAAAGUUAUUAAAAUUAAAGUAAUUAUAGAAGACAUUAAUGAUCACAGCCCUGAGUUUCCUCAAAAAGAAAUAAAUAUGACAUUUGAUGAGCGUGAUGGAGAAGGUGCUGAAGAAUUAAUUCCAGAUGCCUUUGACAAAGAUGUUGGAAUGGAAAACUCUGAAAUUACAUAUAAAUUAAAGAAACAAUUUAGCGAUCCAUUUAUAUUGUCUGUGAGGAAAACUAUCACUGGAGGGGCAAAGAUAGGAAUUAUUCUUGGAGACAAACUAGACAGAGAAAUACAAGAUAGUUACAAUCUAGAAGUGAUAGCUAAUGAUGGAGGACAACCUUCGAAACAAGGAAUUUUACAUGUUCAUAUAAAAAUAAUUGAUGUGAAUGAUAACUCACCAGUUUUUUCACAACAUAUUUACAAUAUUUCCAUCAAAAAUACACAUCCUAACAACAACCCUAUUUUGACAUUGUCUGCAAAAGACCCAGAUUCUGGCAAUAAUGGUAAAGUGUCUUAUUUUUUUAGUUCAAAAACACCAGAACGCACAAGACAGUAUUUCAGACUGAACCAACAAACUGGGGAAUUAUUUGUAGAAAAACCAUUAACAUCACAAACAAAGAAUAUUCUCAAGAUGUAUGUGGAGGCGAAAGAUGGUGGGAAUCCUUCUUUAAAUUCCUUUGCCAUUGUACGGGUGAAUAUUCUCAAUGAAAAGAACCAUCCCCCCAAAAUAGGGAUCAAUUUUGUGUCUGAAUUGAAGAAGGACACUGCAGCUAUUUAUGAAGGAACUAAAGUGGGCAGAUCAAAGGAAUACAAGAUUACUCUGAAGAAACCACUUGACAGAGAAACAUUAGACCAUUUUAACAUGAGAAUUGUGUGUGAAGACAAUGGAAGCCCUGCUUUAAAGAUGGAGAGAAAGAUCUCAAUCCAAGUAAUGGAUGUGAAUGAUGUGCAACCGCAAUUUACCAAAGAUACAUUCCACUUCCUCACCUAUGAGAAUGGUAAAGCAAACUUUCCUAUAGGUUUUAUCAAUGCCACUGACCCAGACCUGGCAAGUGCUGGUCAACUGACGUUCUCACUGUUGAGUAAAGACAGAAAUAACAUACCGUUCCAGGUGAGUGAUUAUGGUUUUAUUACCAGCAACAUACCAUUGGACAGAGAAGAAGAAGACAUGUAUAAGUUUGAGGUUUUUGUCAAAGACAAUGGUAAACCGUCGUUGAAUAACACAGCGAAUGUUGUUGUUGAGGUUUUAGACAGAAACGACAAUAAUCCGUAUUUCAUCUACCCUACAACUGACCCUUUCCAUAUCAAUGUCCACUACCACCCGCAAAGUACCAAUGCCAUCACUGUGAUUAGAGCGUCUGACAGCGACAGUCAUUUAAAUGCGUUCCUCAAAUAUGGAAUACUUGACGGUAACAAUAAACGCUUGUUUACACUCAACUCUUUAACUGGUCAAAUGUCUUUCUCGCGUGCACCUCAUCUCAAUGAUGCUGGCUCAUACGAACUGGUGCUUGUGGUCAAGGAUUCUGGAAGCCCAGUGUUGUCAGCCACAACUACUGUGUCUUUGUCAUUAAGGGUCACUAACAAGACAUCAGCACCGAUGCCGACUGUCCACUUAGAGAAGAACAGAACACUGGACGUACCAUUAUUGAUUAUCCUUGUAGUAGCAGCUGUAAUAGUAGCUGUGGUGAUUGUAGUGUCGAUCACACUGUGUAUUGUGAAAUGUAGCAGUGGUCAGUCUCGCUCUGCCAAGAACGCUAGGAAAGGUGUUAAUAGGUCAGCUAUAUGUAACAGAAUUGAUCAACCUUUACCGUGUCAGAGCAGCAGUAUUCCUGGUACCCCAGUGAGGUACUCUUCAGAGAUGAAUAAUAGAAACAUGCCAUUUGUGGAAUGUAAGGAAGAUUUCUACCCGCAGUAUGAGUCUCAGAUUGAUUGGUCAAACGUGGGUACCCUGGAGAAGAGUCCACCCAAUACAAUAUUGCAUUCUGUGAUGGAAGUAGGCUGUGUGUGGAAUACAUACUUACUUGCAAAUGUCCUCAAUCUAUUACUACACAGUUGUGUCUGUGUAGAUCUGAGCUAUCAUGUAGAAGAAGAAAGCAGUCCCUUUACUUUUGUUGGGGAUAUUGCUGCUGACACACAGAUGGAAGAAACGGACUCUCUUGUGGGAAAUAACUUCAUCACAUACAACCAAAUACAGAGACAAAGAACAGGAAAUUCACAUUUGUUUAAUGUCACACAAGAUGGUAAAUUGUACACGGCUCAAACAUUGGAUGCAGAGAAACUGUGUACAUAUGAAUCAGAUUGUGUUAGAUAUAUCAAAGUUGCUGUACGUAGAAGGAAGACAUUUUUGAAAGUUAUUAAAAUUAAAGUAAUUAUAGAAGACAUUAAUGAUCACAGCCCUGAGUUUCCUCAACCAGAUGUAGAAAUUAUAUUUAAUGAGGAAGAUCGUGAAGGAGCCGAAAGAUUAAUUCCAGAUGCCAUUGAUAGAGAUGUUGGAAUGGAAAAUUCAGAAGUUACAUACAAAUUGAAGAAACAAUUUAGUGAUCCAUUUAUAUUGUCUGUGAAGAAAACUAUAACCGGAAGAGCAAAGAUAGGAAUUAUUCUUGGAGACAAACUAGACAGAGAAAUCAAAGAUAGUUACAAUCUAGAAGUGAUAGCUAAUGAUGGAGGGCAACCUUCAAAACAAGGAAUUCUACAUGUUCAUAUAAAAAUAAUUGAUGUGAAUGAUAACUCACCAGUUUUUUCAAAACAUAUUUACAAUAUUUCCAUCAAAAAUACACAUCCUAACAACAACCCUAUUUUGACAUUGUCUGCAAAAGACCCAGAUUCUGGCAAUAAUGGUAAAGUGUCUUAUUUUUUUAGUCCGGAAACACCAGAACGUACAAGAAGACAUUUCAGACUAAACAAACAAACUGGAGAAUUAUUUGUAGAAAAACCAUUAACAUCACAAACAAAGAAUAUUCUCAAGAUGUAUGUGGAGGCGAAAGAUGGAGGGAAUCCUUCUUUAAAUUCCUUUGCCAUUGUACGGAUGAAUAUUCUCAAUGAAAAGAACCAUCCUCCUGAAAUUGAUAUAAAUUUUGUGUCUGAAUUGAAGAAGGGCACUGCAGCUAUUUACGAAGGGACAAAAGUGGGCAGUUAUCUAGCUUAUGUGAAUGUGGUGGACAAUGAUUUUGGAGCAAAUGGAGAAGUGAGUUGUAAAUUAGAACAUGAUACAGUUGUCCUCUCACAUUUAGGAUCAAAGGAAUACAAGAUUACUCUGAAGAAAUCCCUUGACAGAGAAAAAUUAGACCAUUUUAACAUGAGAAUUGUGUGUGAAGACAAUGGAAGCCCUGCUUUAAAGACGGAGAGAAAGAUCUCAAUCCAAGUAAUGGAUGUGAAUGAUGUGCAACCGCAAUUUACCAAAGAUACAUUCCACUUCCUCACCUAUGAGAAUGGUAAAGCAAACUUUCCUAUAGGUUUUAUCAAUGCCACUGACCCAGACCUGGCAAGUGCUGGUCAACUGACGUUCUCACUGUUGAGUAAAGACAGAAAUAACAUACCGUUCCAGGUGAGUGAUUAUGGUUUUAUUACCAGCAACAUACCAUUGGACAGAGAAGAAGAAGACAUGUAUAAGUUUGAGGUUUUCGUCAAAGACAAUGGUAAACCGUCGUUGAAUAACACAGCGAAUGUUGUUGUUGAGGUUUUAGACAGAAACGACAAUAAUCCGUAUUUCAUCUACCCUACAACUGACCCUUUCCAUAUCAAUGUCCACUACCACCCGCAAAGUACCAAUGCCAUCACUGUGAUUAGAGCGUCUGACAGAGACAGUCAUUUAAAUGCGUUCCUCAAAUAUGGAAUACUUGACGGUAACAAUAAACGCUUGUUUACACUCAACUCUUUAACUGGUCAAAUGUCUUUCUCGCGUGCACCUCAUCUCAACGAUGCUGGCUCAUACGAACUGGUGCUUGUGGUCAAGGAUUCUGGAAGCCCAGUGUUGUCAGCCACAACUACUGUGUCUUUGUCAUUAAGGGUCACUAACAAGACAUCAGCACCGAUGCCGACUGUCCACUUAGAGAAGAACAGAACACUGGACGUACCAUUAUUGAUUAUCCUUGUAGUAGCAGCUGUAAUAGUAGCUGUGGUGAUUGUAGUGUCGAUCACACUGUGUAUUGUGAAAUGUAGCAGUGGUCAGUCUCGCUCUGCCAAGAGCACUAGGAAAGGUGUUAAUAGGUCAGCUAUAUGUAACAGAAUUGAUCAACCUUUACCGUGUCAGAGCAGCAGUAUUCCUGGUACCCCAGUGAGGUACUCUUCAGAGAUGAAUAAUAGAAACAUGCCAUUUGUGGAAUGUAAGGAAGAUUUCUACCCGCAGUAUGAGUCUCAGAUUGAUUGGUCAAACGUGGGUACCCUAGAGAAGAGUCCACCCAAUACUAUAUUGAAUCCAUGCCAUAGAUUGGUCAGAUAUAUAGUCUUACAUAGCUCACACGUAACUACAAUAUUUUCAUUAUUGGUCAACGGUAUUCUGAAUUACCAACAAGAAUUAAAAAAUAAAACCACAUUUCUGCCAAGGAAAAAAGAUAUUGUUACACAGACAGACUCUGGAAUAUUCUUCUCCUAUGUUGUUGGUUCGGUGAAAUUAGAUGCAAAUUGUGUCUGUGUAGAUCUGAGCUAUCAUGUAGAAGAAGAAAGCAGUCCCUUUACUUUUGUUGGGGAUAUUGCUGCUGACACACAGAUGGAAGAAACGGACUCUCUUGUGGGAAAUAAUUUCAUCACAUACAACCAAAUGCAACAGCAAUGGACAGAGAAUUCACAUUUAUUCAACGUCACACAAGAUGGUAAAUUGUACACGGCUCAAACAUUGGAUGCUGAGAAACUGUGUACAUAUGAAUCAGAGUGUGUUAGAUACAUCAAAGUUGCUGUACGUAGAAGGAAGACAUUUUUGAAAAUUAUUAAAAUUCAGGUUAUUAUAGAAGACAUUAAUGAUCACAGCCCUGAGUUUGCUCAGACACAACUGAAUAUUACAUUUGAUGAACGUGAUGGAGAAGGAGCCGAAAGAUUAAUUCCAGAUGCCUUUGACAAAGAUGUUGGAAUGGAAAAUUCAGAAAUUACAUAUAAAUUGAAGAAACAAUUUAGUGAUCCAUUUAUAUUGUCUGUGAGAAAAACCAUCACAGGAAGAGCAAAGAUAGGAAUUAUUCUUGGAGAAAAACUAGACAGAGAAAUCAAAGAUAGUUACAAUCUAGAAGUGAUAGCUAAUGAUGGAGGGCAGCCUUCAAAAGAAGGAAUUUUACAUGUUCAUAUAAAAAUAAUUGAUGUGAAUGAUAACUCACCGAUUUUUUCAAAACAUAUUUACAAUAUUUCCAUCAAAAAUACACAUCCUAACAACAACCCCAUUUUGACAUUGUCUGCAAAAGACCCAGAUUCUGGCAACAAUGGUAAAGUGUCUUAUUUCUUUAGUCCGGAAACACCAGAACGUACAAGAAGACAUUUCAGACUGAACCAACAAACUGGGGAAUUAUUUGUAGAAAAACCAUUAUCACAAACAAAGAAUAUUCUCAAGAUGUAUGUGGAGGCGAAAGAUGGAGGGAAUCCUUCUUUAAAUUCCUUUGCCAUUGUACGAGUGAAUAUUCUCAAUGAAAAGAACCAUCCUCCCAAAAUAGGGAUCAAUUUUGUGUCUGAAUUGAAGAAGGACACUGCAGCGAUUUACGAAGGAACUAAAGUGGGCAGUUUUCUUGCUUAUGUGAAUGUGGUGGACAAUGAUUUUGGAGCGAAUGGAGAAGUGAGUUGUAAAUUAGAACAUGAUAAAGUUGUCCUCUCACAUUUAGGAUCAAAGGAAUACAAGAUUACUCUGAAGAAACCACUUGACAGAGAAACAUUAGACCAUUUCAACAUGAGAAUUGUGUGUGAAGACAAUGGAAGCCCUGCUUUAAAGACGGAGAGAAAGAUCUCAAUCCAAGUAAUGGAUGUGAAUGAUGUGCAACCGCAAUUUACCAAAGAUACAUUCCACUUCCUCACCUAUGAGAAUGGUAAAGCAAACUUUCCUAUAGGUUUUAUCAAUGCCACUGACCCAGACCUGGCAAGUGCUGGUCAACUGACGUUCUCACUGUUGAGUAAAGACAGAAAUAACAUACCGUUCCAGGUGAGUGAUUAUGGUUUUAUUACCAGCAACAUACCAUUGGACAGAGAAGAAGAAGACAUGUAUAAGUUUGAGGUUUUUGUCAAAGACAAUGGUAAACCGUCGUUGAAUAACACAGCGAAUGUUGUUGUUGAGGUUUUAGACAGAAACGACAAUAAUCCGUAUUUCAUCUACCCUACAACUGACCCUUUCCAUAUCAAUGUCCACUACCACCCGCAAAGUACCAAUGCCAUCACUGUGAUUAGAGCGUCUGACAGAGACAGUCAUUUAAAUGCGUUCCUCAAAUAUGGAAUACUUGACGGUAACAAUAAACGCUUGUUUACACUCAACUCUUUAACUGGUCAAAUGUCUUUCUCGCGUGCACCUCAUCUCAACGAUGCUGGCUCAUACGCACUGGUGCUUGUGGUCAAGGAUUCUGGAAGCCCAGUGUUGUCAGCCACAACUACUGUGUCUUUGUCAUUAAGGGUCACUAACAAGACAUCAGCACCGAUGCCGACUGUCCACUUAGAGAAGAACAGAACACUGGACGUACCAUUAUUGAUUAUCCUUGUAGUAGCAGCUGUAAUAGUAGCUGUGGUGAUUGUAGUGUCGAUCACACUGUGUAUUGUGAAAUGUAGCAGUGGUCAGUCUCGCUCUGCCAAGAGCACUAGGAAAGGUGUUAAUAGGUCAGCUAUAUGUAACAGAAUUGAUCAACCUUUACCGUGUCAGAGCAGCAGUAUUCCUGGUACCCCAGUGAGGUACUCUUCAGAGAUGAAUAAUAGAAACAUGCCAUUUGUGGAAUGUAAGGAAGAUUUCUACCCGCAGUAUGAGUCUCAGAUUGAUUGGUCAAACGUGGGUACCCUGGAGAAGAGUCCACCCAAUACAAUAUUGCCCCCAAUGCCACCCAUCCAGAUAUCUGGAAAGUACAACUGUGAAUGGAUAUUUGAUGAAGUUAUAUACAGGACGGCCCAAAAAUUUCAAUAUAAAACCACGAGAUAUGAUUUAACAUUCUGUGAUGGAAAAUGUGUUAGAUUUAUCAAAGUUGCCUUACGUAAAAAGAAGACAUUUUUGAAAAUCAUUAAAAUUAAAGUAAUUAUAGAAGAUAUUAAUGAUCACAGCCCUGAGUUUCCUCAGAGUGAGAUAAAUCUGACAUUUGGUGAACGUGAUGGGGAGGGUGCUGAAGGAUUGAUUCCAGAAGCCUUUGACAAAGAUAUUGGAAUGGAAAACUCAGAAGUUACAUAUAAAUUGAAGAAACAAUUUAGUGAUCCAUUUAUAUUGUCUGUGAGGAAAACUAUCACUGGAGGGGCAAAGAUAGGAAUUAUUCUUGGAGACAAACUAGACAGAGAAAUGCAAGAUAGUUACAAUCUAGAAGUGAUAGCUAAUGAUGGAGGGCAACCUUCAAAACAAGGAAUUCUACAUGUUCAUAUAAAAAUAAUUGAUGUGAAUGAUAACUCACCAGUUUUUUCAAAACAUAUUUACAAUAUUUCUAUCAAAAAUACACAUCCUAACAACAACCCUAUUUUGACAUUGUCUGCAAAAGACCCAGAUUCUGGCAAUAAUGGUAAAGUGUCUUAUUUUUUGAGUUCAAAAACACCAGAACGCACAAGACAGUAUUUCAGACUGAACCAACAAACUGGGGAAUUAUUUGUAGAAAAACCAUUGACAUCACAAACAAAGAAUAUUCUCAAGAUGUAUGUUGAGGCGAAAGAUGGAGGGAAUCCUUCUUUAAAUUCCUUUGCCAUUGUACGGGUGAAUAUUCUCAAUGAAAAGAACCAUGCUCCUGAAAUUGAUAUAGAUUUUGUGUCUGAAUUGAAGAAGGACACUGCAGCUAUUUACGAAGGAACAAAAGUGGGCAGUUAUCUAGCUUAUGUGAAUGUGGUGGACAACGAUGUUGGAGCAAAUGGAGAAGUGAGUUGUAAAUUAGAACAUGAUAAAGUUGUCCUCUCACAUUUAGGAUCAAAGGAAUACAAGAUUACUCUGAAGAAACCACUUGACAGAGAAAAAUUAGACCAUUUUAACAUGAGAAUUGUGUGUGAAGACAAUGGAAGCCCUGCUUUAAAGACGGAGAGAAAGAUCUCAAUCCAAGUAAUGGAUGUGAAUGAUGUGCAACCGCAAUUUACCAAAGAUACAUUCCACUUCCUCACCUAUGAGAAUGGUAAAGCAAACUUUCCUAUAGGUUUUAUCAAUGCCACUGACCCAGACCUGGCAAGUGCUGGUCAACUGACGUUCUCACUGUUGAGUAAAGACAGAAAUAACAUACCGUUCCAGGUGAGUGAUUAUGGUUUUAUUACCAGCAACAUACCAUUGGACAGAGAAGAAGAAGACAUGUAUAAGUUUGAGGUUUUUGUCAAAGACAAUGGUAAACCGUCGUUGAAUAACACAGCGAAUGUUGUUGUUGAGGUUUUAGACAGAAACGACAAUAAUCCGUAUUUCAUCUACCCUACAACUGACCCUUUCCAUAUCAAUGUCCACUACCACCCGCAAAGUACCAAUGCCAUCACUGUGAUUAGAGCGUCUGACAGAGACAGUCAUUUAAAUGCGUUCCUCAAAUAUGGAAUACUUGACGGUAACAAUAAACGCUUGUUUACACUCAACUCUUUAACUGGUCAAAUGUCUUUCUCGCGUGCACCUCAUCUCAACGAUGCUGGCUCAUACGAACUGGUGCUUGUGGUCAAGGAUUCUGGAAGCCCAGUGUUGUCAGCCACAACUACUGUGUCUUUGUCAUUAAGGGUCACUAACAAGACAUCAGCACCGAUGCCGACUGUCCACUUAGAGAAGAACAGAACACUGGACGUACCAUUAUUGAUUAUCCUUGUAGUAGCAGCUGUAAUAGUAGCUGUGGUGAUUGUAGUGUCGAUCACACUGUGUAUUGUGAAAUGUAGCAGUGGUCAGUCUCGCUCUGCCAAGAGCACUAGGAAAGGUGUUAAUAGGUCAGCUAUAUGUAACAGAAUUGAUCAACCUUUACCGUGUCAGAGCAGCAGUAUUCCUGGUACCCCAGUGAGGUACUCUUCAGAGAUGAAUAAUAGAAACAUGCCAUUUGUGGAAUGUAAGGAAGAUUUCUACCCGCAGUAUGAGUCUCAGAUUGAUUGGUCAAACGUGGGUACCCUGGAGAAGAGUCCACCCAAUACAAUAUUGUUACCAACAAGAAUUAAAAAAUAAAAGCAUGUCUCAGCCACAGAAAUGCAAUGUUACACAGACAGACUUUGGAAUAUUCUGUCAGGAUCUUACCAUUCUGGAACAUUUCAUGGAGACAUACAUACAUACACACACAAACACGCACACACUGUAUACAUGCAAGCAUACAUAUUCAUACAUUGACAUACACUGUACACACAGUUACAUACACAUAUACGCACACACAUGC